AUGAAAAAUACAUCCAAGUGGAAACUAUCCACCGGAAAAUUUGUAGAAGAUUUGCUAUAUGAAUAUGGUUUAAAAUGUACCUCUGAACAUAUGUGUCAUAGUUUUAUUUUAGAUCCAGAUGAUAAUUCUUAUAUCAAUGAUAAAAUAUUACAAAAGAAGAGUUUGAAGAAAUUUGUACGUUUAUUGACAAAUGAUAAUGAAUCAAUAUCAGAAAACUAUGUUUGUGAACUUCAUCAUGACAUAGAUUGGAACAAUGGUAUAAUUAUCCAUUUGUGGGGGCCUAUCUUGGACCAAUGCUUUGCAAAUAUUGAAAAUAUGGAGCAAGUUCAUGGAGAAUCUUCUAGUUUAGCAUCUGCAUUAAGAAAAAAUUUAGGUCAUACAGUUCCUGGUAUAAAACAAUUGGCUAGAUCAAAAAUGGGUCAAAGGGCAGAUUUGGUACUACAUGUUUCUUCAGACUUAGAAUUUAGUGGGGCAGAAGCUGGGAGAUUUUAA